AUGAAGAAUCCUCUCCGCCAAGUCACUGGCCGGCCGCUGCUCUACCUCAUUACUGCCACCAGCUCAUCCGGGUUUUUGCUCUUCGGAUACGACAACGGUGUGUUCAGCGGCAUAAAUGUUCUCCCUUGGUUCCUGCAGACGUUUUCCACGAGCAUUGACAUCUUCAGCACCAUCAAUGCUAUCUUCCUUGUCGGCGCCGCCUUGGGUGCCUUCAUCGCUUUCCUGGUUGGUGACCGUCUCGGUCGCCGCUGGACAAUUUUCCUGGGCUGCACUGUGGGAGGAGUUGGAUCGAUCAUUCAAGCGACCGCAACAGAAAUCGUCCAGCUCAUUAUAGGCCGGAUCAUCUCAGGAGGCGGAGUCGGCGUGCUGACUUCGACUGUUGGCCUCUGGCAGGCUGAGACGACACCCAGUACCGUCCGUGGCCGCUACAUGGCGAUGGAGUUGUUCUUAGGUGGUUUCGGCAAUCUUCUGUCAACUUGGAUCAACUAUGCAUUUCAUGGCAUCGAGGGUCGUCUGCCCUUCAUCUUUCCACUGAUGUUUCAGCUCGUUUUUAUUCUUGUCACGGGCUCCCUCAUACUCCUGCUUCCGGAAUCACCGCGCUGGCUGGUCAAGAAAGAUCGGAUCGAGGAAGCCAAAGUCGUGAUCAGGCGCCUCCACGGGAACCUCGGGGAUGCAGAGCACCAUCCUGACGACGAUACAAUUUUGCAAGAGUUGGAUACUAUUGUAGCAGUGGACCGGAUAGAACAUGAGUCCCCAGAAUCUCUUAGGGGUGUCUCAACCAACAGUGCUAUAGGAAAGUUCAAACGCGUCUCCCUAGGGGCCUUAGUGAUGAUCUUUCAUCAGUUGAACGGAGUCAACUCCAUCUCCUACUACGUACCGACCCUAGCUACAGACUUUGUCGGUGCGUCCCGUUCGGAGGCUCUCUGGAUCAGUGGGCUCUCCUCUAUAUGUGUGGUUCUAUUUUCUAUUAUUCCCGUGCUCUACCUCGACCGCUUCGGUCGUCGAGUGUUCCUGUGGUUCCCGACUUGUCUGCAGGGCAUCACGUUUAUCGUCGUGGCCGUCUUAUUCUCCAAGGCGCCGCCGAUGACAACUACUUCCAGUCCCCACAACAACUCCUCCGGCAUUGCUAUUCUUUCUUUCAUCUUUGUCUUCUUCGCCAUCAACAACGGCUCCUGGUUCGGCACCACCUGGGUCUAUCCUGCCGAACUAAUGCCGCUCUCCAUGCGCGAAAAGGGAAUGGGAUUCGCAGUCAUCUUUUACUGGCUCUUCGACUUCAUGAUGGUUGAGAUUACCCCCAUUGCGCUGAGUAAUAUCGGCUAUCGCUUCUAUAUCAUCCUCGCGGUCUUCAACUUCAUCAUUGCGAUCGUCAUUUAUUUCGUCUUUCCGGAGACGGCCAACAAGUCGCUUGAAGAGAUUGAGUUGGAGUUUGUGCAAUAUAGCAUGGCGACGAAGGUUAUUGACGAGGCAGUUCCUGUAACGAUGGCCUCCGUUCCAUUGCCGGCGAUGGAAAUAGAGUAA